AUGCAUCAGAACAGCUCCACCCAUCCACAUGGAAAUGGCAAGCAGAAGCCCUGUCGCUUUUUCGGAACGAAAAAGGGUUGUCGCAGCGGCGAUGCUUGUCCGUACCUUCAUAUAGCCCCCGAUCAAGGAGUGCCAGAAACAGUAUCAGCCCCGACUCAAUCCCAAAAGGUGAGGAAGACAAACAACUCGCAACGCCAGGCAGUCCCCAAGCCUGUCCCCAAAGCACAGCAAGAUUCUCCCCGAGACUUCCAGAUCGCGCAACUGAGACGCAGGUUCCAUCCCAAAGAGCGACAGGAUGACUCUGGAAACACUUUUACGUUUGGCAUGGCCCCUACAGACCCGGACUUUCCAUUUGACAUGCCCAAGCUCUAUUGCUCCUUGCAUGUCCCUCAUGAUUGGCCCGCAGAAACCAGCAGACCUAGACUUAGGGUAACCAAUCCGGACAUGCCUAGAGGCUUUCAGAUUAAUGUUGAAAGGGGAUUCGAUGGGUUGAUUGAUUCUGCUAUCAAGGAUCGACGACCCAUCACAUUACUAGGGUUGAUGAAUAGUCUUGAUAGAAGUCUGGAGCGGUUUCUGAGUGCCGAAAAGGCCCCGACGAUUAAAAUUGUGGCUAAUACUACGGGUCGCAAAGCGUCGACUCCGGCACCAUCAAAGGAAGAGCCGAAGAGUCAGGUUGAGGAGAAGCCUGCUACACCUAUAGAACGGAUUGUCCCUGUGCCGAAACGGGUGGAGUAUACACCCGAGCAGCGUGCAGAAGCCGAAAAGACGAGAAAGUCAGAGACGAAGCAACUCGAAGCGCGUUUGAAUCGGAUCCCUCUUUACAAAAAGCUUGAUGAUCUACGGUAUAUCAUUCCCAUCACCCCUACGAAACUAGAGCGACUUCCGGUUAGUCUACACGCGGUGAAGUCGGUCAAGUUGUCUGUUCCAGCACUGUAUCCACUUGAAAAGAGCUCUGUCGAGUUCCAAGCGAUAGAUACGGAUGAAGCGCGUGCAGUAGAGCUUGGAUUCAAGCAGUGGAUAUUGAAAGGGCCUCAUACGACGUUGAUGGCGCAGGUGAAUUAUCUCGCGAAUAACAUGCAUCUUCUUCUGAACGCCCCGACGAAUGAGACAAAACAGCCGGAGAUUCAAGCUCCUGCAGCUGACCUUGAUACCGUUCCUGCGCCAAUUGAUGAAGAUCACGAUCACGAUAGCAGCGCAGAUUCAGAUCGAGCGCACAUCGUAUUCAUUCCACGACCGCCCGAAUGGUCAAUGCCAGGAGGACAAGAUAGCGAUGAUAGCGACUCGCCAUUCGAUGAUAGCAGUGAUUACGACCCCGACUCUGCAGAAGAAUCACAAGAUGGUGGAGCACCAAUCACCGGCGCAACCAGCUCAUCAUCAACUGCAAAUGCGCCUGCGCGCGGCACAGCCGUCAAUCUACCCAGUCUAGAGAUGUACGGCAUCGAAUUACUCGAAGCGAAAAUGCUGUCCAUCACAGCCAAAUGUGAUCGAUGCAAAGAACACACCGAUAUCAAAAACAUCAAAUCAACAGAUGACCCUAGUCAACCAUCUCCGAUAAGGGUGGAAUCAUGCAGGAAGUGUGCUAAUUCGUUCAAUAUCGCAUUCCGGCGACAACUCAUGCAUCCCAAUUCCCAGCGAGCUGGAUACCUGGAUCUUGAAGGCUGCACUGCAUUUGAUCUAUUACCAAGUUAUUUUCAACCAACAUGCUCCGAAUGUUCAACCCCCUUUCCAGCACCGGGUAUCCUUGCUGUUCGCGGCGAUUCCGCAAUGGCAAGUUGUCGUGAAUGUCACCGAAAAAUGAGUUUUAAAAUCUCCGAGGUCAAGUUUAUGAUUGUCGGGGUAUCUGCAUUAUCACAUCUGCGAGUUGUUGCGCCAAGGAAGAAGAACCGAGAGAAUCUGGGUAUUGUUGCCGGUCAAGAAUUACCCCGUCGAGGACGAUGUAAGCAUUACGGGAAGAGUUAUCGGUGGUUCAGAUUCAGUUGCUGCGCCAAAGUAUUCCCUUGCGACAAGUACAUAUCCACAUUCUCACAUCUUAUUUUUUCUUACUAAAGAGUAUACAGAUGUCACGACGCAGAAUCAGACCAUCCAAACGAACACGGCAACAGAAUGAUAUGUGGCUUCUGCUCCCGUGAACAAAUCUACCGCCCCGAGACCUGUGGCGCAUGUAAAAACGUCCUGGUCGGCAAAUCCGGAAGCGGGUUUUGGGAAGGUGGCAAGGGGACGAGAGAUAAAGUGAAGAUGAGUAGGAAGGAUCCGAGGAAGUAUAAACGGAUUUCAUAGAUGGGAAUUCUUGAAAAUGCGGUUGAUGUAUGUGUAUGAUUAUGCAGGGGCAUGGAAGCAUUGGGUAUGGAGUGAUGGGUGCAUUUGCAUUUGCAUGUAGCGGGAAGGGAGGAGAAUAGACUUAGUAUCUGCAUUGACUUUAAUCCAUGGAUAUAUGUUGUAAGCACUGUUGCUC